AUGGCUGAAUCACGGGGGUUGCACCAACACGCCCCAUUCUCCCGCUUUCCAUCACCCUGCCCCAUUGAUCCGCUUUCCAUCAACCCGCCCCAUUCUCCCUCCUUACAUCACCCCGCCCCAUUCUCCCGCUUUCCAUCACCCCGCCCCAUUCUCCCGCUUUCCAUCACCCCGCCCCAUUCUCUGCUUUCCAUCACCCCGCCCCAUUCUCCCGCUUUCCAUCACCCCUCCCCAUUCUCCUGCUUUCCAUCACCUCGCCCCAUUAUCCCGCUUUCCAUCACCCCGCCCUUAUCUCCUGCUUUCCAUCAUCCCACCCCAUUCUCCCGAUUUCCAUCACUCCGCCCCGUUCUCCCGAUUUCCGUCGCUCCGCCCCAUUCUCCCGCUUUCCAUCACCCCGCCCCAUUCUCCCGCUUUCCAUCAACCCGCCCCAUUCUCCCGCUUUCCAUCACCCCGCCCCAUUCUCCCGCUUUCCAUCACCCUGCCCCAUUGAUCCGCUUUCCAUCACCCCGCCCUAUUCUCCCUCCUUACAUCACCCCGCCCCAUUCUCCCGCUUUCCAUCACCCCGCCCCAUUCUCCCGCUUUCCAUCACCCCGCCCCAUUCUCCCAUUUUCCAUCACCCCGCCCCAUUCUCCCGCUAUCCAUCAUCCCGCCCCAUACUCCCGCUUUCCAUCUCCCUGCCCCAUUCAUCCGCUUUCCAUCACCCCGCCCCAUUCUGCCUCCUUACAUCACCCCGCCCCAUUCUCCCGCUUUCCAUCACCCUGCCCCUUUCUCCCGCUUUCCAUCACCCCGCCCCAUUCUCCCGCCUUCCAUCACCCUGCCCCAUUCUCCCGCUUUCCAUCACCCCUCCCCAUUCUCCCGCUUUCCAUCAUCCCACCCCAUUUUCCCUCCUUCCAUCACCCCGCCCCAUUCUCCCGCUUUCCAUCAUCCCGCCCCAUUCUCCUGUUUUCCAUCACCCCGCCCCUUUCUCCCGCUUUCUAUCACCCCGCCCCAUUCUCCAGCCAUCCAGUGCCCCGCCCCAUUCUCCCUCUUUCUAUCACCCCGCCCCAUUCUCCUGCUUUCCAUCACCCCGCCCAUUCUCAUGCUUUCCAUCACCCCACCCCAUUCUCCCGCUUUCCAUCACCCCGCCCCAUUCUCCACCUUUCCAUCACCCCGCCCCAUUCUCCCGCUUUCCAUCACUUCGCCCCAUUUUCUCUCGUUCCUUCACCCCACCCCAUUCUCCCUCCUUCCAUCACCCCGCCCCAUUCUCCCUCUUUCCAUCACCCCACCCCAUUCUCCCGCUUUUCAUCACCCCGCCCCAUUCUCCCACUUUCCAUCACCCCGCCCCAUUCUCCCGCUUUCCAUCACCCCGCCACAUUCUCCCGCUUUUCAUCACCCCGCCCCAUUCUCCCGCUUUCCAUCACCCCGCCCCAUUCUCCCGCUUUCCAUCACCCCGCCCCAUUCUCCCUCCUUCCAUCACCCCGCCCCAUUCUCCCUCUUUCCAUCACCCCGACCCAUUCUCCCUCCUUCCAUCACCCUGCCCCAUUCUCCCGCUAUCCAUCACCCCGCCCCAAUCUCCCACUUUCCAUCACCCCGCCCCAUUCUCCCGCUUUUCAUCUCCCCGCCCCAUUCUCCCGCUUUCCAUCACCCGGCCCCAUUUUCCCACUUUCCAUCAUCCCGCCCCAUUCUCCCGCUUUCCAUCACCCCGCCCCAUUCUCCCGCUUUUCAUCACCCCACCCGAUUCUCAAGCUUUCCAUCACCCCGCCCCAUUCUCCCGCUUUCCAUCUCCACGCCCGAUUCUCCCUCUUUUCAUCACCCCGCCCGAUUCUCCCGCUUUCCAUCACCCCGCCCCAUUCUCCCGCUUUCCAUCACCCUGCCCCAUUCUCUCGCUUUCCAUCACCCCGCCCCAUUCUCCCGCUUUCCAUCACCCGCCCCAUUCUCCCGCUUUCCAUCACCCGCCCCAUUCUCACGCUUUCCAUCACCCCGCCCCCUUGUCCCUCCUUCCAUCAUCCCGCCCCAUUCUCUCUGCUUCCAUCACCUCGCCCCAUUAUCCCUUUUUCUAUCACCCCGCCCCAUUCUCCCGCUUUCCAACACCCCGCCCCAUUCUCCCGCUUUCCAUCACCCCACGCCAUUCUCCCGCUUUCCAUCACCCCGCCCCAUUCUCCUGAUUUCCAUCACCCCGCCCGAUUCUCCCGCUUUCCAUCACCCCGCCCCAUACUCCCGCUUUCCAUCACCCGCCCCAUUCUCGUGCUUUCCAUCACCCCGCCCCAUUCUCCCGCUUUCCAUCAGCCCGCCCAAUUUUCCCGCUUUCCAUCACCCCGCCCCAUUCUCCCUCUUUCAAUCACCCCGCCCAUUCUCCUGCUUUUCAUCACCCCGCCCCAUUCUCCCGCUUUCCAGCACCCCGCCCCAUUCUUCCGCUUUCUAUCACCCUGCCUCAUUCUCCCGCUUUCCAUCACCCCUCUCCAUUCUCCCGCUUUCCAGCACCCUGCCCCAUUCUCCCGCUUUCCAUCACCCCGCCCCAUUCUCCCGCUUUCCAUCACCCUGCUUCAUUCUCCCGCUUUCCAUCACCCUGCCCAAAACUCCCUCUUUCCAUCACCCCGCGCGAUUCUCCCGCUUUUCAUCACCCCGCCCCAUUCUCCCCCUUUCCUUCACCCCGCCCGGUUCUCCCGCUUUCCAUCACCCCGCCACAUUCUCCCGCUUUCCAUCACCCCGCCCCAUUCUCACGCUUUCCAUCACCCCGCCCCAUUCUCCCGCUUUCCAUCACCCGCCCCAUUCUCCCGCUUUCCAUCACCCGCACCAUUCUCACGCUUUCCAUCACCCCGCCCCAUUCUCCCUCCUUCCAUCACCCCGCCCCAUUCUCCUUGCUUCCAUCACCUCGCCCCAUUAUCCCGCUUUCCAUCACCCCGCCCCAUUCUCCCGCUUUCCAUCGCCCCGCCCCAUUCUCCCGCUUUCCAUCACCCCGCCUCAUUCUCCCGCUUUCAAUCACCCCGCCCCAUUCUCACGCUUUCCAUCACCCCGCCCCAUUCUCCCGCUUUCCAUCACCCCCCCCAUUCUCCCGCUUUCCAUCACCCGCUCCAUUCUCACGCUUUCCAUCACCCCGCCCUGUUCUCCCUUCUUCCAUCACCCCACCCUAUUCUCCCUGCUUCCAUCACCUCGCCCCAUUAUCCCGCUUUCCAUCACCCCGCCUUAUUCUCCCGCUUUCCAUCACCCCGCCCCAUUCUCCCGCUUUCCAUCACCCUGCCCCAUUCUCCCGCUUUCCAUCACCCUGCCCUAUUCUCCCGAUUUCCAUCACCCCGCCCCAUUCUCCCGCUAUCCGACAGCCCGCCCCAUUCUCCCGCUUUCCAUCACCCUACCCCAUUCUCCCGCUUUCCAUCACCCCGCCCCAUUCUCCCGCUUUCCAUCACCCCGCCCCAUUCUCCCUCUUUCCAUCACCCCGCCCCAUUCUCCCUUUUCCAUCACUUCGCUCCAUUCUCCCGCUUUUUAUCACCCCGCCCCAGUAACCUAGUGUUGUUGAAGUCCCAGACCUAA